AAAAAUUAAGAAAUAAAUUUUCAUUUGAUAAUCCGGCAGAGGUUUCUUUACAAAAUUAUUAUGAUACCUUCUUAAAACCUAAUCUUGAUUUUAUUUUUCAAGAACAUAAUAAAGUUGACUACCGCCGAAGUUUAGAAAAUAUUAGCCGAGAAUUCGACAAUUUACGACAAAAUGUCGUCUUGUUAUUUAGGGAAAACGAAGAACUGGAAAGCGAAGCAAAUUAUCGUUUGGAAAGUGAAAAAAAUCGAAGCAAAGAAUUAAGAAAAGCUGAAGAAAAAAAUUUUGAAUUAGACUCGGAAAAUAUAGA